UUGGUGUUUUCUCUUUGAGAAUCUGAAUAGGUCUGUGGAUGAACUGUACCUUCUUUGUGAACUAGAAUGUGAUUUAGAGCAGAUGAAGGAGGCUAUUCUUGUUCUUGAAGAGGCUGCAUCUGAUUUUAAAGACCUGACUACCAGAGUGGAGGAGUUUGAGAAUGUGAAGAAAUGCUCUUCCCAUUCAAUUGAUGGAGCACCAAUCACUUUAAAGACUGACCAUCGCAGGCCACAUGCACUAUCAUGGGAGAUAAGGUUAGAAGAAUGACAAAUUCACCUCAUAAAGCAGAGAUACUGUCAUCAUCUCUGGAGGCUUUUAAGAAAAUUCAACGGGAAAGAGCUAGUUUGCAUGCUGCUAAUGAUGCCCCGGGGCUUAAGUGUUCAAAUUGCCAUUAUUAUGUAUCUGACAACAACUUGACAAAGUCAACCAGGAUAAGUGAUGUAAUGCACAGUUCUAAAGAUUCUGUGAUGAAUUCAGGAAGACAGACAGAACUAACACCAGGUAAUUCUAGUGGAGAUAAGAGGAAUUCUGAGUUACGCAGGUCUAGCAGAGUGAACUUUCAAAAUGGUCGUGACCCUUCACUGAACCCAUCUUUUUUGGAUCUUAAUUCAUCUAGGCCACCUACUCAGAAUAUUUCUGCUGCUACUGGUUCUGAAAAAAGUAAGAGAGAACAUCUUGGAUCUGAAACUGAGAAGCUCCUGCCUAAGAAAGGGAAAAUAUUGACAGAAAAUGUCACUGAUGAAAACCUUAAACCUACAGAUCAACUUAAGAGGCCAAUUCCUCUCACUGAAAAAGAAAAGAGAAAUGCUACUUCAUGGAAAUCUAUGGAUGCAUGGAAGGAGAAGAGGAAUUGGGAGGAUAUACUUUCUUCUCCUUUCUGUGUCUCUUCUCGCAUAUCCCAUUCUCCAGGCAUGAGCAGGAAAAGUGUUGAGUGUGCACGCAAUUUGUGUGAUAAAUUAAUGUCUACUGAGAAGAAAAAGAAAACUGCCUUAGAUUUGAAAAAGGAAGCUGAAGAAAAACAUGCACGAGCUAUGAGGAUUAGAAAUGAAUUGGAGAAUGAAAGAGUUCAAAAACUGCAGCAUACUUUAGAAAAGUUAAACCGUGUUAAUGAAUGGCAAGCUGUCCGCAGUAUGAAGUUACGUGAAUGUAUGUAUGCUCGCCAUCAACGCAGUGAGUUACAGCAUGAAGCUUUUCUAGCACAGGUUUUGAAGAGAGCUGGUAAUGAAAGCAGUAAAGUUAACGAGGUUCGUUUCAUUACCUCCUUAAACAAAGAAAACAAAAAACUUAUGUUGCGUCAGAAACUUCAUGAUUCAGAAUUGAGGAGAGCUGAAAAACUUCAAGUGUUAAGAACUAAACAAAAAGAGGAUAUUGCUAGGGAGGAAGCUGUUCUAGAACGUAGAAAACUCAUUGAGGCUGAAAAGUUGCAGCGUCUUGCUCUGACACAGCGAAAAAAGGAAGAGGCUCAAGUUAGAAGAGAAGAGGAAAGGAAAGUAUCCAGUGCAGCACGUGAGGCAAGGGCCAUUGAACAGCUCCGGAGAAAGGAGGAAAGAGCUAAGGCCCAACAAGAGGAAGCUGAACUUCUGGCUCAGAAAUUAGCUGAGAAACUUAGUGAAAGUGAACAAAGGCGCAAGUUUUACCUGGAGCAAAUACGGGAAAGGGCUUCAAUGGAUUUCAGGGAUCAUUCUUCUCCUUUACUCCGCAGAUCUAUUAAUAAGGAGGGCCAAGGCAGAUUUACUCCAAUAAAUAAUGGUGACAAGUGUCAAGCAAAUGUUGUUACAGGUUCAGGGGGUUCUUCUAUUGCAACAGGAAAUGUUGCUAAAGCAUAGGAUUAAAAGAAUUCGGCAAAAACUUAUGGCUCUGAGAUAUGAAUUUUCCAAGCCACCAGUUGCUUCUGAAAAUACUGGUAUUGGAUAUAGAACCGCAGUGGCAACUGCAAGGGCAAAGAUUGGGAGGUGGGUUCAAGAACUUCAGAAACUCAGGCAAGCAAGAAAAGGAGCGGCAAGUAUAGGUUUAAUAACUGCUGAAAUGAUUAAGGUAUUUGUUUGAACCUCUGUACUAGGAAUUAUUGAUAAAUAUCAUAUGGUCACACCCAUUAUACCAAUAUAUACUUUAUGAUCAUACUUAUACAUCAGGUUUAGGAAGGAGAUAGAGAUGCAGAAGUACAAUAGUCAUCUCUCUCUCUUUCCAUUGCAUCAAGUCUUGUGCAAAUUGAAUAUAUUUGAUAAAGCUCUAUAUUGUUUUA